CGGCUUCAGUCAGUCAUUCGAGCAUUUAUAAAUUUAUAAUUCUUCUAUUCUACUUAAUUUUUCUAGUACAAUAGCUAUUCUUCAGUGAAGUUUUAAUUUUUUGUUACAUAUGUGUAUAGUUUAAAAAAACUGUGUAAAAAUGCAACCGACUUCGAUACUUCCAAAGUUAUCAGACACAACUCAAACGAUUUCUUUUUCGGAAGGCGAUGGAGUGUGCAGCUCUGAAGUCUAUGCCUCCGAAGUCAUUGUUACCACCAAUGCUGGUAACCACAAUCAUGGCAGCUCUAAAGUGAAGCUCAAGAAUCUUGUGGACUACAACUGGGAGCCUAAGUUUUAUCCUGGUCAGCUGCUAGCUGUGCACAUUGGUGGGAAGUAUUUAGCUUAUUCUAUUAAAGCUCCCAACCCAGCUAAUCCGGGCACAUGGAAUGGUAUGGUCAGAGUGGUCUACAGUCCAGAGCCCGGAACUGAUAGACGAACUUUAAUUAAAGGGAUGAAGGGAGAGGUUCAAGAUUUGGCUUUUGCACAUAUUCAAAAUCAAGUUGUGUUGGCGUGUAUUGACGAAAUGGGCAACUUUUAUGUCCAUGAAAUUGAACUUACUGAUAGUGGACUCAAAGUGACUUUGGUGGUGGAAGUGCGAGAGGACACUGGUGUUGGUGGUAGUACCCACCGUGUGGUGUGGUGCCCGUACAUCCCUGAUGAUGAAGAUGAGGUUCCUGAUGACGAUGUUGUUAGACUCCUGCUCACCACGCACGGGAAUGUUGCUCGCAUGUGGAACAUGAAGACGGUGUCAGCGAGCGGUGGUCUGGAGAGGUGCGCGAGCGCUCGUGCUGCGCUGGAAGGUGGAGGUGCUCGUGCGGCUGGUGAACAUGGCGCUCCCGUGUUGGCCGCAGCCUUCUCACCGGACGGCACCGCCCUCGCCACAGCUGCUGCUGAUGGAUAUGUUAUGUUCUUCCAGGUGUACAUGAUGAAUGAUAGCAACCUACGCUGCUUGCACAAGUGGCAGCCGCACGAUGGCAAGCCUGUUAGCUGUCUCUUCUUCCUCGACAAUCACAAGAACUACAACACCGACGUACAAUUCUGGAAGUUUGCAAUAACUGGUGCGGACAACAACACAUUGAUCAAGGUCUGGUCUUGCAAGUCAUGGAACUGUCUGCAGAGUAUAACAUUCUCACCGACUAUCAACGGUGAACCUACCUUAGGUCUGAAGGCCAUGUUAGACUACAGUUCAAGUUAUUUGUUACUAUCAGACUUCAAGGCCAGGAGUUUGUAUGUUCUGAGCAUGGCAAGUGAUGUGAACGAUGCCAUGGCUUAUUGUAAGAGCAUCUCCGAGUUCCUGUUGCCAUAUCCUGUGUUAAGUUUCUGUAUUGUGGAUGCUGAGGAGGAGGUGGUGAAGUGUGAAUCAGGCUGCGAGGAUCCCUUCCUAGGCAGCACCUCCAGCGGCGAGAACGGUGACUCUCCAGAUGAAUUUGAACUUCACCAUGAUGAUGAAGGUGUGAGGGAGUGCGGUGGUGGGGGUGGUGGUGGUGGUGGUGGUGGACGGCGCGUCUCCCUGCGCCUCUACAUCGUGCAGCCCAAGGGUCUGCAGGAAGGCGAGCUGGUCUACACUCCGCCAGGGGACUUCUCCCACGGUAUGGUUGCGGAGUGUGAGGAGAUGGGUGUAGACAUGGGCGUGGGUCUGGAGGAGGCGGCGCCUUCCGCUCCCGCACCCGCACCUUCCACCAUCCUGCAGCAGCAGAGUCAGCAGCUCAAGAACCUACUCAUGAGGAGUCAGACACAGCCGGGCAGCUUGAUGGGACAACGUGUGGAGUCACCACCUCCAAUACCACCACAGCUCAACCUUAUGACACCGGAUGCUUUCAGUUCCCCGGGCAAGCGGGAUGAGGAUGACCCACCAUUGUCUGCUACUCCUGAUGUCAAUAAAUCUCUGCCAACAACUAAUGGUCCAGAGGAAGCGGUGAUAACUGGUGCUGAAGUGAAGUCUCCGUCUGGUGGCUCCAGCCCCAGUCUGGAGGUGCAGCAGAUCAUGUCACACAACGAACAGACAUAUUACAAAGAGGAUAUGGAGGAGGGUACAAGUGCUGUGUCGGAGGAGUGCAGAGUGCAGGAGGAUGCUGCGGAGCAACUCUUCCCUGCUCCUGAUGCUUAUAACUCUCACAGCGCACACGGAAACUCACCACCUGACAAACUGACUCAUACAAACAGCGAGACAACAUGGCCACAGAUAUCAUUGGAACAGAUAACGGAAGCCAACCAGCGCAAGGCGUCCAGUGACAAAGGCGGGCAGAGUCUGACUGCGCCUCUCACAGACCAACUGAGCAAUUUGAGCGCCGCCAUCAGCGCCACUGCGCCGCUACCACCACUGAGCGUCACUCAUAGCACCACUCUCACAGCACCGCUCACCCAGCUCAACCCCACUCACACUCACAUAGAUCGCAAUGAUGAACUAUCUCGAGCACGCUUUGAUGCACUCGAACAGAAGAUUGAUAAAUUAAUGGAGGUGGUGUGUGCGCAGGCGCGCGAGGUGCGUGCGCUGCGUGCGGAUGCGCGUGCGCCGCGAGAGUUGCUGGAUGCUGCACUGCACGAGCACUCGCAGCGCACCACCGCCGCCAUACACACCGCCAUGGCUGACGGUUGGGAACGUAUCUCCGGUCUGGGUGAGGCGGCGAGCAAGCGCGCUGCUGCUGCAGCAGGUUUGGGUGCGUCGCGGGCGCUGGAACCCCUCGCCAACGCGCUGCAGCAUGAGCUGGCUGCCAAGUUGUCAGCCACAGACCGUCUGCUGCGAGAUAACAUCGACAAGCUCGCAACCAGCAAGACUUUAAUGGAGCGCCUGAGUGGCGCAAUAGCAACAUCCCUGUCUGAGAUGGUGCGGGAGUCAUUCCGUGAGGCGCUGUGUGAGAGCGUGGUGCCUGUCAUGGAGAAGGCGCACGCGCAGAUCUUCAGACAGAUCAACCAGGCCUUCCAGAACGGCACCAAGGAGUUCGCAGCAAAAACGGAGUCAGCAGCGCGGGCGGCGGCGGAGCGCGGUGGUAUGGCGGGGGCGGAGGCGCUGCGGGCGGCACUGGAGCGCCAUGCGGAGGCUCUCGCAGCCGCCACCGCGCAGCCCAACAUCACCGCCACCCUGAGGGAUGUCACUCACAGCGUGUUGGAGAAGGAGCUGUCGUGGUGGCGUGAGCAGGCUCGCAGUGUGGCGCUGCAGGUGUCUCGAGCUCACUCACCUGCCUCCUCGACCGCACACGGCGCCGUCGAUAGACAGAUGCAAGUGGCUCAGAUCCAGUCGCUGAUGUCCAGCGGUGACGUGAACGGCGCGUUCCAGCUGGCGCUGUCGGCCUCCGACCUGGCGCUGGUGGUGGCCGCGUGUCGUGCGGCUGAACCGGCUCGGGUCUUCGGCCCUCCCUGCAGACUUAAACAGAAUGUUCUGCUCUCCCUCGUGCAGCAGCUCGCUGCGGACAUGCAGCGAGACACGCAGCUCAAACAUAGGUACCUGGAGGAAGCUAUAAUGAACCUGGACACAACAAACCCGGUAACACGGGAGCACCUGCCGGUGGUGCUCCGCGAGCUGCAGAAGCAGGUGAUGGCCUUCCUGUCCGCCAACCCGGGACAUGCGCUGUCGCGCCAGUUCCGCAUGCUGCUGCUGGCUGCAGACUCCCUGGUGAAGGCGGCUGUGUGACAGCGCUGCAGCCACUGUGUCUGCAUCAGUUAUUGGACUUCAAUGCACUGAGCGUGGGCUAUGCUAGUGGUUGUCUUACUAUGGGUUUUUACUACAACAAAUCUUGUAUUGAC